GACGCGCUCAGCGUGCCGACGUGGGGGGUGCACAUUUUCAGCCUCGUCGAGUGGUUGCUCGCGAUGGGCUUGAUUUGGGACUACGCCGAGUGCGAUCGCGGCGACGACAAAGGGUGGCGCAUGCUGACGUGGGGCAUGCUUCCACUGCACGCGAGCGGGAUUUGCGCGUGCACGCAACAUUUCUUCGGCAACGCGGCGAGUUUGGACUGGCUCGUCGCCGCGCAGGGCGCGUUCACGAUGAUGGGAAACGUCGGCAUGUGCGUCGCC